AUGGAAGUUUUUGGGGACCACAACAAAAUAAUCAAGGAGUUUGCAGAGAACAUUUUAGCUAAAGAUUUAGCUAUUGAAUCGGGUUUCCAAUCUGAUGAAGACAUGGCCGAAACUGCUAGACUUAAAGUAGAUUUAUGGAGAGUGGAAAAGCGCUUGGAAUCCAUCUGGAUACAAAAAUCUAGACUCAAAUGGAAUGUUGAGGGUGAUAAAAAUACUAAAUUCUUCCACAUUAUGGCCUCCUCUUAUUAUAGAAAUAAUCAUAUUUCCUCAUUCUUGUGGAUGGAACUCUGGGAAGCAGGGGUUAAGUUUGAUAUUGACGGCCUUGAUUUUGAUCAGAUUACAGAAUUGCAGGCUGCCUCCUUGAUUAAACCUUUUCAGGCACCAGAGGGUCCAGACGGGUUCAAUUUUUAUUUCAAUCAUAGAGCUUUACCAAUGAUGAAGGAUGUUAUUGUUGAUUUUUUUGCGAAAUUUCAUAAAUUUAGUACCUUAACUAAAGGUAUUAUUUCUUCUGUUAUGGUUCUGGUUCCGAAAAUGGCACGGUCAUCCAACAUAAAAGAUUUAUCGCCCUAUUAG